AUGGAUCCCCUAAACCUCUCCUGGUACAACGGUGACCUCGAGGACAGGAACUGGAGCAAGCCACUCAACGAGUCCAAUGCAGACCAGAAGCCUCACUACAACUACUAUGCCAUGCUGCUCACCCUCCUCAUCUUUGUCAUUGUUUUUGGCAAUGUGCUGGUGUGCAUGGCUGUGUCCAGGGAGAAAGCCCUCCAGACCACCACCAACUACCUGAUUGUCAGCUUGGCAGUGGCAGAUCUCUUGGUAGCAACUCUGGUCAUGCCUUGGGUGCUCUAUCUGGAGGUGGUGGGUGAGUGGAGGUUCAGUCGGAUCCACUGUGACAUCUUUGUAACCCUGGAUGUUAUGAUGUGUACUGCCAGCAUCCUCAACCUCUGUGCCAUCAGCAUUGACAGGUACACAGCAGUAGCCAUGCCCAUGCUGUACAACACUCGCUACAGCUCCAAGCGCAGGGUCACCGUCAUGAUCUCUGUGGUCUGGGUGCUCUCCUUUGCCAUCUCCUGCCCUCUCCUCUUUGGCCUCAACAACACAGAUGAGAACGAGUGCAUCAUUGCCAACCCUGCCUUCGUGGUGUACUCCUCCAUCGUCUCCUUCUACGUGCCCUUCAUGGUGACCCUGCUGGUGUACCUGCAGAUCUACAUCGUGCUGCGCCGGCGCCGCAAGAGAGUCACCACCAAGCGCAGCAGCCACGGCCGCUGCCCCGACACACAGCCCCCGCUCAAGGACAAAUGCACUCAUCCAGAAGACGUCAAGCUCUGCAGAGUUAUUGUGAAGUCCAAUGGGAGCUUCCAAGUUAAUAAACGCAAAGUGGUGAGUGAGAAGAGUCACAUACAGAUGGACAUGGAGAUGGUGUCCAGUACCAGCCCCCCUGAGAAAACCACCAUCCAACCUGCAGCACCAAGUAACCAUCAGUUGGUUGUGCCAUUUCCUUCUAACCAGGGCACCAACUCAACCCUACAGGCACCCUUGGACAGCCCUGGGAAAGUGGAGAGGAAUGGACACACCAAAGAAACACCACACACAGCCAAGGCCUUUGAGAUCCAGUCUAUGCCCAAUGGCAAAUUAAGGACCUUCCUCAAGGCUGUGAACAGGAGGAAGCUCUCACAACAGAAGGAGAAGAAAGCCACCCAGAUGCUGGCCAUUGUCCUGGGGGUUUUCAUCAUCUGCUGGCUCCCCUUCUUCAUCACUCACAUCCUGAACAUGCACUGUGACUGCAGCAUCCCCCCGGCGAUGUACAGCGCCUUUACGUGGCUCGGCUAUGUCAACAGUGCUGUCAACCCAAUUAUCUACACCACCUUCAACGUGGAGUUUCGCAAGGCUUUCAUGAAGAUCCUCCACUGUUGA